GUAUAUAAAGUUGGAAGAAAAAAAAAGAAAAUAAAAGAAAAGAAAAGAAAAAUAAAUCCCUUUUCAGGAGAGAAGGGAAAAGACCAGAAUUACGGUGGUGUUGUGGGUGUCAUCAUCGACGAGACGACGACCCCCAACGGCAACCGCCAUUGCCAGACCUCUAACCCUAAAGAUAUCUUCUUUUAUCUUUUUCUCUCAUCCCAUUACGACCGCCCCAAUCUUAUGGCUUUCUGAUCCGAUUACACAUCUCUGUUUAAAUUUUAUUUGGAAUGAUUAAAAAUGAAGUCGGGGAGUGCGGCAAAGUUGAUUGUAGAUGCGCUGCUUCAGCGUUUUCUUCCGCUUGCUAGGCGUCGAAUUGAAACUGCUCAAGCGCAGGAUGGGCAAUACCUUAGUCCAUCUGACCCAGCUUAUGACCAAGUACUGGAUUCCCUUGCAAUGGUGGCGCGACAUACUCCUGUACCUCUCUUAGAAGCCCUUCUUAGAUGGAGAGAGAGUGAAUCCCCAAAAGGUGCCAAUGACGCUUCUACAUUCCAAAGAAAGCUUGCAGUGGAGUGCAUUUUUUGUUCAGCCUGUAUCCGUUUUGUGGAGUGUUGUCUUCCAGAAGGACUUACAGAGAAGCUCUGGUCUGGGCUUGAGAACUUUGUGUUUGACUGGCUUAUCAAUGCAGACAGGGUUGUUAGCCAGGUAGAAUAUCCAUCCCUUGUUGAUUUGAGGGGGCUGCUCUUGGAUCAUGUUGCUCAACUUUUAGGCGCUUUAUCUCGUAUAAGGUUUAGCUCUGUAACUGAGCGUUUCUUCAUGGAAUUGAAUACUCGGAGAAUUGACACUAGUGUUGCCCGAAGUGAGACAUUGAAUAUCAUCAGUGGCAUGCGCUACUUGAAACUUGGGGUUAAGACAGAAGGUGGAUUGAAUGCAUCAGCCUCUUUUGUAGUAAAAGCAAAUCCGCUGAACCGUGUUCCACCACAUAAACGGAAAAGUGAACUCCAUCAUGCACUUUGCAAUAUGCUCACAAAUAUUUUGGCCCCACUAGCUGAUGGUGGAAGAAAUCAGUGGCCCCCCUCUGGUGUGGAACCUGCUCUAAAUCUUUGGUAUGAGGCGGUAGGACGAAUUAGAUUGCAGAUGCUCCAUUGGAUGGACAAGCAGAGCAAACAUAUAGCUGUGGGAUACCCUCUCGUGACUCUUUUUCUUUGUCUUGGAGAGCCUCAAACUUUCGAAGCUAAUUUUGGUCCACACAUGGAGCAGCUUUACAAGCUGCUGCGAGAUAAGAAUCAUCGUUUUAUGGCUUUGGAUUGCCUCCAUCGCGUUGUGAGAUUUUAUCUGGGUGCGUAUGCGCCUAGUCACCCACCAAAUCGUGUUUGGGACUACCUGGAUAGUGUCACCUCACAAUUGCUAACUAUACUAAGGAAAGGAAUGCUUAGUCAGGAUGUCCAACAUGACAAACUUGUUGAAUUUUGUGUGACUAUAGCAGAAAGCAACCUAGAUUUUGCAAUGAACCAUAUGAUUUUGGAAUUGCUAAGGCAAGAUAGUUCAAGUGAAGCAAAAGUUAUUGGUCUCCGUGCUUUGCACAGAAUUGUUGUGUCUCCAUCUAGUGAAUAUCUUGGAUUGGAAAUUUUCCAAGAGCAUAAUAUUGGCCACUACAUUCCAAAGGUGAAGGCUGCUAUUGAGUUUAUCAUAAGGUCUUGCCAUCGAACAUACAGUCAGGCUCUUCUCACUUCUUCAAGGACAGCUAUUGAUUCUGUCACAAAGGAAAAAUCUCAAGGCUAUCUUUUCCGCUCGGUUUUGAAAUGCAUACCGGACUUGAUAGAAGAGGUUGGACGAAAUGAUAAGAUCACUGAAAUUAUUCCUCAACAUGGCAUAAGUAUUGAUCCUGGUGUACGUGAAGAAGCUGUGCAAGUGCUGAAUCGAAUUGUGAAAUCUUUGCCCCAACGUCGAUUUGCCGUCAUGAGAGGGAUGGCAAAUUUUAUCUUACGUCUUCCUGAUGAGUUUCCACUUCUUAUUCAAACAUCAUUGGGACGUUUGUUGGAAUUGAUGCGUUUCUGGAGAUUACGAUUACAUGAAGAAAGGCUAGAGUUUGAUGCACAAGAUGCAAAGAUUAUGGCCCAGGAUAUAGGUUCCUUCAGGAGGCCUUCUGUUCAUCGUUCUGGAGAAGCUGUUGAUUUUCGUGCUUCUGAGAUUGAUGCUGUUGGUCUGAUCUUUCUUUGUUCUGUUGAUAGUCAGAUCAGGCAUACUGCGCUGGAGUUGUUACGCUGUGUGCGAGCCUUAUGGAAUGACAUAAGUGAUCUUGCUGUUUAUGAAAAACAAGAUCAGACUUUGAGGAACGAAGCUGAACCUAUAUUCAUAAUUGACGUCCUUGAGGAAAAUGGGGAUGACAUUGUUCAGAGCUGUUACUGGGAUUCUGGUCGCCCAUUUGACAUGAGACGUGAAUGUGAUGCUGUUCCACCUGAUGUUACCAUUCAAUCCAUUCUGUUUGAAAGUCCUGAUAAGAAUAGGUGGGCUAGGUGUCUCAGCGAGCUUGUGAAAUAUGCUGCUGAGCUUUGCCCAAGAUCUGUUCAGGAAGCAAAGUCUGAAGUGAUUCGCCGUCUUGCAUAUAUUACACCUAUUGAGUUAGGUGGCAGGGCUAAUCAGUCACAAGAUGCUGAUAACAAGUUGGAUCAGUGGCUCAUGUAUACAAUGUUUGCUUGUUCAUGUCCUCCAGAUGCUAGGGAGGCCGCCAGCUUUGGAUCAACAAAAGAGCUUUUUAGACUUAUUUUUCCAUCACUAAAAUCUGGAUCUGAAGCUCAAGUGAAUGCUGCUACGAUGGCUCUUGGUCAUUCUCAUCUGGAAGUUUGUGAAACUAUGUUUGGAGAACUAACAUCUUUUAUUGAUGAGGUAUCUCUUGAGACAGAAGGAAAGCCCAAAUGGAAGAGUCAAAAGUCUCGCCGGGAAGAGCUACGUAUUCACUUAGCAAAUAUCUAUCGAACUGUGGCAGAGAAAAUUUGGCCUGGCAUGCUCAGCCGGAAACCUGUUUUCCGCCUUCACUACUUAAAGUUCAUUGAAGAGACACAUCGACAUAUCCUGACUGCAUCAUUAGAAAGUUUUCAAGAUAUGCAACCCCUCCGUUAUGCUCUGGCCACUGUCUUAAGAUAUCUUGCUCCCGAAUUUGUUGAAUCAAAAUCUGAAAAGUUUGAUCUUAGAACAAGAAAGCGGUUGUUUGAACUUCUUCUUUCUUGGAGUGAUGAUAUGGGUUGUGCUUGGAAUCAAGAUGGGAUUAGUGAUUACCGACGUGAGCUGGAAAGAUAUAAAGCUUCUCAGCAUGUGCGCUCAAAGGAUUCUGUGGACAAACUUUCGUUUGAUAAGGAACUUAAUGAACAAGUAGAAGCUAUACAAUGGGCAUCCAUGAAUGCUGUGGCUUCACUCUUGUACGGACCUUGUUUUGAUGACAAUGCCAGGAAAAUGAGUGGCAGAGUGAUAUCCUGGAUUAAUAGUCUGUUUAUUGAGCCUGCUCCAAAGGCUCCAUUUGGCUAUUCACCUGCGGAUCCAAGGACUCCAUCUUAUUCUAAAUAUGCUGGUGAUGGUGGGCGAGCUGCAGGGCGUGAUCGACACAAAGGUGGCCAUCUUCGUGUUUCCUUGGCAAAAUUGGCGUUGAAGAAUCUGCUUCUGACAAAUUUAGACCUCUUUCCUGCUUGUAUAGAUCAGUGCUAUUACUCUGAUGCUGCCAUAGCCGAUGGGUACUUCAGUGUUCUGGCUGAAGUCUACAUGCGCCAAGAGAUACCUAAAUGUGAAAUUCAGAGAUUGCUGAGCUUAAUUUUGUACAAGGUUGUUGAUCCAUCAAGGCAAAUUCGAGAUGAUGCCUUGCAGAUGCUUGAGACUCUUUCUGUUCGUACAUGGGCAGAAGAUGGAAUGGAAGGCUCAGGUAGCUAUAGAGCUGCUGUUGUUGGAAAUCUCCCUGAUUCUUACCAACAGUUCCAGUAUAAACUUUCCUGCAAACUUGCAAAGGAUCAUCCUGAGUUGAGUCAGCUUCUCUGCGAGGAAAUUAUGCAGAGGCAGCUUGAUGCUGUUGACAUAAUCGCCCAGCAUCAGGUCUUAACGUGUAUGGCACCCUGGAUAGAAAAUCUUAAUUUUUGGAAACUAAAGGAUGGUUGGACUGAACGCUUGUUAAAAAGUUUGUACUACGUUACUUGGCGGCAUGGUGAUCAGUUUCCUGAUGAAAUUGAGAAGCUUUGGAGUACAAUUGCUAGCAAGUCUAGGAACAUUAGUCCAGUUCUUGACUUUUUAAUAACCAAAGGUAUUGAAGAUUGUGACUCCAAUGCUUCUGCUGAAAUUAGUGGUGCUUUUGCUACUUAUUUUUCAGUUGCAAAAAGGGUGAGCCUGUACCUUGCAAGGAUCUGUCCGCAGCGGACAAUAGAUCAUCUUGUGUAUCAAUUAGCACAACGGAUGCUUGAGGAUAGUGUAGAACCUCUAAGGCCUAGCACCAGCAAGAUUGAUAUCAACAGUAAUGCCAUAUUGGAAUUUUCUCAAGGACCUGUAGCUCCACAAGUCACAUCUAUUGUUGACAGCCAGCCACAUAUGUCACCUUUGCUCGUUCGAGGCUCUCUCGAUGUUCCUCUGAGGAACACUAGUGGGAGCUUGAGUUGGCGCACUGCUGGUGUAGGUGGGCGCAAUGCCUCAGGCCCACUGAGUCCUAUGCCUCCUGAGAUGAAUGUUGUUCCUAUCACUCCUGCCGGACGUUCAGGUCAGCUUCUUCCAUCUUUGGUCAACAUGUCUGGGCCUUUGAUGGGGGUUCGUAGUUCUACUGGGAGUAUACGCAGCCGUCAUGUGUCCAGGGACAGUGGUGAUUACUUCAUUGACACUCCAAACUCUGGUGACGAUGGCUUGCAUUCUGGUGUUGGAAUGCAUGGUGUUAAUGCAAAAGAGCUUCAUUCAGCUCUGCAGGGUCACCAACAGCAUUCACUCACUCAAGCAGAUAUUGCUUUGAUUCUGCUUGCUGAAAUUGCCUAUGAGAAUGAUGAAGAUUUUAGGGAGCACUUACCUUUGCUUUUUCACGUGACUUUUGUUUCGAUGGACAGUUCAGAAGAUAUUGUUCUUGAGCAUUGCCAACACCUUCUUGUUAACUUGUUAUAUUCGCUAGCUGGGAGGCACUUGGAGCUGUAUGAGGUAGAAAAUAGUGAUGGAGAGAACAAGCAACAGGUAGUCAGCUUAAUCAAGUAUGUGCAAUCUAAGCGUGGAAGCAUGAUGUGGGAAAAUGAGGACCCCACUGUUGUUAGGCCUGAUGUCCCAAGUUCGGCACUUUUGUCUGCACUAGUGCAAAGCAUGGUUGAUGCAAUUUUUUUCCAGGGGGAUCUUCGAGAGACCUGGGGAACAGAAGCGUUGAAAUGGGCCAUGGAGUGUACUUCAAGGCAUCUAGCAUGCCGGUCCCAUCAAAUAUACCGAGCAUUGAGGCCAAAGGUAACCAGUGAUGCCUGUGUUUCACUUCUCCGUUGCCUGCACAGGUGUUUAACUAAUCCUCAACCUGAUGUUUUGGGAUUCAUUAUGGAGAUCCUGUUGACACUCCAAGUGAUGGUAGAGAACAUGGAACCUGAAAAAGUUAUACUUUAUCCCCAGCUUUUUUGGGGCUGUGUUGGGAUGAUGCACACAGAUUUUGUGCAUGUUUACUGUCAGGUCCUUGAGCUUUUCUUGCGUGUGAUAGAUCGCUUGUCCUUCAGGGAAAGGACAACAGAAAAUGUGCUCCUAUCUAGCAUGCCCCGUGAUGAGCUUGAUGCUAAUGUAUCUGAAGUGGGGGAAUUCCAGCACUCGGAUUCAAGGACAGGUGUUGAUCUUGGUGGUAAAGUUCCUGCAUUUGAAGGUGUGCAACCUCUUGUUCUGAAAGGGCUUAUGUCAACUGUUAGCCAUGGUGUUUCUAUUGAAGUCCUGUCACGCAUCACAUUCCCAUCAUGUGACUCUAUUUUUGGGGAUCCAGGAACGAGGCUUCUCAUGCAUAUUACUGGCUUGCUACCAUGGCUCUGUUUACAACUUAGCAAGGAUCCCAUAGGGCUUGCCUUGCCUCUACAUCAGCAGUAUCAGAAAGCUUGCUCUGUUGCUUCCAACAUCGCACUCUGGUGUCGAGCGAAAUCUCUCGAGGGGUUGGCCACUGUAUUCUUAGCCUACUCGCAAGGUGAGUUCAAGACUAUAAACAAUCUACUUGCUUGCAUAGCUCCAUUAUUGUGCACCGAAUGGUUCCCAAAGCACUCAGCAUUAGCGUUUGGGCAUCUUCUGAGACUAUUAGAGAGAGGGCCUGUUGAGUAUCAGCGAGUGAUUCUUCUUUUGUUGAAAGAACUACUUCAGCAUACUCCAGUUGAUGCUGCCCAAAAUCCACAUAUGUAUGCAAUCGUCUCCCAGCUGGUCGAGAGCUCUUUGGGGUGUGACGCACUCAGCGUUCUGGAAGCCCUAUUGCAAAGUUGCAGCUCCUUGAGUGGGUCUCACCUGCACGAGCCUAUCAGUUAUGAGAACGGCCAUGCUGGGGCAGAAGAAAAGCUACCUGCACCUCAGACUUCAUUCAAGGCUCGUAGUGGGCCCUUACCUUAUGUCCUGGGAUCAGGUUUUGGAACGGCAUCAAUGUCUCAUGGGCAAGUUGAAUCCGGCAUGCAAUCCAAGGAAAUUGCCUUACAAAAUACACGGUUUCUUUUGGGACGGGUUUUGGAUAACUGUGCUCUCGGAAGGAAGAAAGACUAUAAAAGGCUGGUGCCUUUUGUCUCAAAUAUUGGAAAUCCUUGAGCUAUUUUAUUCACUGUAUAUAACUUCAAUUUUUGCUGCUGCUUGUGUAUGUAGUAUUUACGAUGCUCGUACGACAUAUAAAAUUUAUUCUGUUAGCAUUGCUCUUGAAGAUGCAAGAAUAGUUAGCACAUAAUUUCUGUAUAUAGCUGGUAGAAAGUUAUCAGUAUGUAAUGUAUCUGGAUUAUGGUAUGUAAAGAUGUUUUUAAAAUUUACAUUAUGCAUUUUAGAAGGUCAACUCACCCCCUUAAGACAAUGGUGCCCCUAUAUAGGAGCAUAUAUCUUUUUAAAAUAUCCAAAUUAGUUGUUUAAAAUUCUUACACAAAAUAUGUAAUUAUAUAUUAUGUUAACAAUUUUACCAAA